CGUAAUCUGUCCAUUAUGCUUCCCGCUUAUUAUUGUCAUCGCAAUCGUAUGAAUCAACUUCAAGCAUACGCAUGUAUUCCACUGCAGCAGGCCUAUUUCAGUCCUGCUGUGCCUCAUCCCGUCCACCCGGCUAUGUACACUUUUCCGACGAUGGUGCAGCCUAUAAGGGUCCCAAUGCCGUACGCACUGAUCCCUCCACCGACUCCGCUGCUCUACAGACCAAUUCCACCACAAAUGCCAGUCUCCGUCCCUGUUGGUGUUCCCCAAGAUCCUGCGCCAUCAAAUUCAAAUAAUGAUACCGGCGCCAGCGAGUCAGUGAAUUAUGACAGUGGUGUCGCUUUUAUGGAUGUAUCCGACCCAUCAUUGCAAAUCGAGAUUUCGUUGCAAUUACCGAGCACCCCAUCGAAUGCCUCGAAUCGCUCCAAUUUCUCACCUCUGCCGACUAGCGAUGAAUUUGAGGAUAAUAAUGAUCUCAACAUAACGUUUGAUAACGGCUAUAUCAUCAAUGGACAAGUCGUAAUCAAUAAACCCUAUCAGCUACAAGCUCGUGGGCACAACUAUUGAUUAUAUUUGUAAGGAUUGUACAGUCUGGUACAUUUGACGGUCAGCAAGUUAUUGUAAAGCCAACUUCUUGAGUAUGUCUUGAGCAGCGUCAAUUGCAUAUGCGCCGACGCCAUGCCAACAUUGUGCCUGAUCGAUUAAUACGGAGCGCGU